GACCUAAGCAUGUUCUAGUUCAUGUUAUUUUUCUAGGACCUAAGCAUGUUCUGGUUCAUGUUAUUUUUCUAGGACCUGUUCUGGUUUAUAUAUUUUUUUUCUAGGUCCUUUAGCAUGUUCUGGUUCAUGUUACUGUUGGCGGCGGGCGCGGCUCACGCCCAAGGGCUAAUAUUGCCAGAUUACGUACAGUCCCGGGAAGCUUACACACACAUCAGAUUAUACAUCUCCGAAAACUUACCUCCGCAGCACACCAACGAUUAUGACCCCAAAGCCAGCAAGUAUUACUCCUUCAGCAUCCUGGCGGGAGUGACAGCAGCCCAGGCGGUCGCCAACAGGACCGCGCCUGACUACGACCCUCUGCUGGUGUUGGACCACAACGUGCCGCUCGCCUGGAGGAACUACAACAAGAUAGCGCAGUCGGCACAGGCUCUGUUGAACGAGGCUUCAGCUAAAAUUAGCAUGAUCGAAGAGAUGAUCGACCUAUGCGGCCCGGUGAGCCCGCAGCAAUGCAACGCUGAGGUCCAGGCCAAAGUUAUUCAAAAUCCGUUCGCGUACCAGCAACCCGCUGACCUUCUUUUACUGCUCGGCACAUUCUCGAAAGAGUUGAGAAGUUCAGAGCCCGUCGUCGAUAUCGUCACCCAAGAGAGAUCCGAAAUCCCUUUCUUGAUUAACAACGUUCAUGAUCCGAAGUACAAGACACUUGUGGAAGAUUUGGAUAACGCGUAUCGCAAAAUGAGAGAAGUGCAGUUCAGACGGUAUAAUCCGGGCGGCAACAAAGUCUCAAUUCUCUUCGGAUGAAAUGUUCAAUACAUUGGAGACAUAUCGAAAUUAAUGCGGACUAUUUGGAAAUAAAUGUGUGAAAGUUA